AUGGCCGAGGCCAAGCGUGACGCCUCCCGGUCCAACCCCCAACCUCGGAAUCAACGUCCAAAGAAGAAGCCGCCUCUAACACAUUUCCUGUGCCUGCCUCUCGUGAAUGAGGCCUCUCUCCCCCAGCUUGAGGCAUCUGUCGCCACAUUCAAAGCAGAUUAUCCGCCUGUGCCGGUGGCAGAAUUGCCUCACAGCCAAGAUCCCGCGGUUCAGCAAGACAUCUCGCGUCCGCUCAUCCCCCAUGGCGCCCUGCGUCCACUGGGAACUCUUCACCUGACUCUAGGUGUUAUGAGCCUUGCAAAAAAGGAUCGUCUCAGUGAGGCUUUGACGUUUUUCCGCUCCUUGGACCUACGCGCUCUGAUGCGCGAGGCGGAGCGCGUGGCUGGUGACUUGCGGGCCACGAAAUUAUCCUCAAAGGAUCUCCGUGGCGUGAACACGCCUUCUGAAUCUUGCCCUGCGACCUUCAGUCAUUCAAAUAAAUUCAUGAUCUCCCUCGAGUCCCUUCAUGCCUUGCCACGUCCUAAGACGGCGACGGUCCUACAUGCUUCUCCCGUUGACCCCACUGGUCGCCUAUAUCCAUUCUGCAUUAUGCUGCGGGAUAAAUUCAUCGAAGCCGGAUUUAUUGUAGGAGAGGGUGAAAAGCAGUCAGACACGAAGAACACUGCCUCGAAUAAAGAUGCCCAGCCUUCCUCUACCUGUCCAGAUCUGGCGGCUGAGGACAUUGUUUCACAUAAACAAGAGGAACGUCGCGAGGGACACCCCAUAGUGACACGAGAACCGAAAUUGGAUCCAUAUGCGACUGCACUCGCACGCAAGCCAAAACCUCGACCCCUAUUACUACAUGCUACGCUAGUUAACACAAUCUAUGUCCGCGGCCGGCCGAAAGCAAGACGCGGAGAUGGUCCAAACCACAAGGGUGGACCUAAGCGCAUCGAAUUCGACGCUAGACAUCUGCUAGCCAGGUAUCGCGAUUACUAUAUCGAUGAAGCUCGGGCAAUGCCUCGCAACUUUUCGGACCUUAUCCACCAUGACGAAAAUGCCAGGGGUUCUGCAGGCCAGAUCCCGUUUAUUUGGGCGGACAAGAUCCCCGUCGAUUCGAUCUGUAUCUGUGAGAUGGGCGCUAAGAAGCUCGAUCUUGAUGAUGCUGCCAUGGCAGAUCCAGCGAGUGCCCUGUGGAGUGCGCGGCUAGGAGAGAAGUACACUGUCGUUGCGCAGCGGAGUAUUGGCUCAACAGGAGCGUCUAGUAGGCCGAUCAGCCAGGGGAGUGUUGACGGGGGUGUCAAGUUGCGUUGA